UUUACCGCUAGUCGCCACCUAAACUCCAGUCGUCCGCACAGACAAAACAGCAUGCGGUGUCCGGGGCAUGCCCAAUAGUUUCAGCUGUGAAGUCGAGCGUGUGUAUGAGACAACCGGGAGUUUGGAGUGCAGGAACGGUUGCAGCGUUAUCGGGUUUUGCUUUUUGAAUCAUAAAAGCAAAGGGUACAAAAUAAAGGUGCAGCGCGUGACAGCUAGUUCUGAAAAUUGACAACCACUCUCCGGUGAGUGACCUAGCGCUUGUGGAAAUGGCAGCUCCCCGGCCGAUAAAAGGUAUUCUGAAGAACAAGAACAGCGGGACGGGCAUCAAAGUGGGUCCAGCCGAAGAAGUGCCAGUAGAGACUCCAGAACAAGUGGAACCUGGACUUCUGGAAGAUGACCAACAGAAGAAGUCACAGAAAUGGGACGAAAUGAACAUCCUGGCAACGUACCACCCGGCAGACAAGGACUACGGGUUGAUGAAGAUCGACGAGCCCAGCACGCCCUACAACAGGAAGGUGGGGGACGAGGAGGACGAAGGGGCGCACAGCGACUCAGAGGGCAACGCGCCAACUGUGGAAGACCUGGCCUCCAAGUUGGCGGCGGCAGAAGGAACAGAACCACGCUUCAUGAGAGAGGAGGAAGAGGAGGAGAGCAGUGAGGAAGAGGAUGAACUAACCCCAGAGAAUCAAGUGAAAAAGAAGCAGUUCCAAAUGAUGAGGAAGAUGCACUACAACGAGGGCCUCAACAUCAGGAUGGCCCGGCAGCUCAUAGCCAACGAGCUGGCGGAAGAAGAGGACGAGGAUGAAGAGAUGAGGGAGGACACGGAAACGGAGGACAUCAACGUAGACCCCCCGCAAGACGCUCUGGAGUCCUAGAGGAGGAGGACAUGCCACCACUCCUGUCCCCAGCCUAUGUGUCUCGGCUCAUGAAACAUUCAAAAGAGACACUUCGCUACGUGUUACAGUGCCGGGCCAUAGAGCAGUCGGCUUCAUAACCUCCCCUCGAACACCCCCCCCCUCUUCACGCGUGUGUAUUUUUCCCAGAAACACUGCAAUGCAUAUCGACCCUGCCGGUCGCUUCUCCUCGUUGCAAAGAGUCCCUCUCAAAAACUUGCCGUCACUUCAAAGGAAACCAGACCCAUAGGAACCGAGACCUAAAGACUGUUAUAACAGACUGUUAUUAUCAUCGAGGACUCCUGCCUCACUCCUUGCUCAAUCACUCACCCACACGCUCGCUCGCUCGCUCGCUAGCUGCUGUUUGUCUGUCUUUUGAUUGUCCGACUGUCCCGGCUCCUCCUGAGCCCCUGGCAUAAGCUGUCGGAAACCCCACUUCUUAAAAAAAACAGCAGCACCCAUUGGAUGGAAGUGGUGGAUAAUUAUGAUGACGGUGGUGGGAGGGUAGGAGGAUUUUGGUCUCUUUCUUUUUUGUGUUUAGUUCCUCCUGUACCCGUACCUGUUAAAAAAAAAAAAAAAAGUAACUAGCAACAGAACAUUCAUUGGAGAAACCUUGGUGAGAUAGCUGCUGUUCUGGGUUUUUUUGUCUCUGCCUUCUCCGUUCCCCUGAUCUUGGAUGUAGGCUUGUCUGGUGUAGAUAUAGGAACAGCAUACUCGGCAUCUUCAACCAGCCCACAAGGCACCUCGAUGUCCAAGGUGACCAGCAUUUCAGUCCUACAUGAUAUAUAUACACGCCCGCUAUAGGAUUUGGUACAGGACGUACAUGUCCGCUGACUUAAUAGGAAUAGAUGUGUUUCCAACAAGGUCCCAUUCUCUUAACAGGGUGGCUAAUGUACUGAAACUGACAGCAAUAAAGUGAUCAUUUGAUUAUGGAUCGCUUUGUGAUAAAAGUAACAAUACAAUUGCGUAAUAUAUAUAUAUAUAUAUAUAUAACGUCAUUUCUCACAGGACAUCAGCGUAUCAAAAUGUAGAUGUCCGUGCUUGCCAUUUAUACCUAAUGAAACCCAGCUGUAUUAUGCAUGGCUACCAAAGCCUUGAGCUCAUCAGCACUAAAACCAUGUUUGCUCACUAACCGAAUAAGAAGGACAACGUUGGGGGGAAAUAAACCUCCCAGAAAAGGUUUGUACUACUGAUAAGCAGGGGGUGUAUUGACUAGUGACCAAACGGGCCAAAACGGCGAGGGACUAACCUGCAUUUUGUUCAAUAGGAAACGCUUGUUUCCGUUGCAAAACGUUUUGCUACAGUGCGCACUAAUGAAUACACCCCAUGACUGUUUCCUAUACAAUGUCAAUAAUGCUACUGACCCUCCUACAGUAGGACUGGGGGGGGGGGGUAAUGGGUUGAUUGGCUGCAUGAACGGAAAGAUAUCUGGGAUAUGUAGUUGAUAUUAUGCUCACUCUUACAUUCUGUAUGAAGGGUAUGGUAUUGGAACAUGUCCUUGAUUAGGAACGAUUUACCCCCAUUUAUUUUUUGCGACAUGCUACCUGUGUAAUCUGCUAGCUUACCUGGCUGACAAAAUGAGUGAUAUCUGGGCAACCAAGACAGUUGGUUACUGUGUAUUAUUUAUUGCUUCUAUGAUAUUUGAGUCGUGGUACCUCGAUCUACAUGAACCUUUGAGAACCACUGACCUCCCAUGAUAAAUUAAGUCUUAAAUAUUGAGUUUUGAUGUCCUUCUCUUCCUGAAUAAGCACAUUACGAAACAUUUAUUGUUUUAUCAGGACAGGUAGAGAUGGUUUCUUUCUUCUCAAAACGUACUACCAAGUCCUUUACUUCUGGGACUGAAUGACCAAAUAGGCUAGGUGUCCAUCCAUUGGAUUCUGUCUUUACGAUUUCAAAAGCUAAGCGCUGGAUCCCUUUUGAAAAUUACAGCAUCCCACCCACAGGAAAUACAGAUUGAUAAGUGACUGUUCCCACUUUCUGCCUUGGUCUUAAUUUUUUUUAAAUAAUCAACUAUUGUCUGAAUAAUAAGGGAAGGCACAUAGGCAAAAACAAACAAGGUCAUUAACACUUAACAUCUAUUCAUGGUAAUUACUCUUUUAUGUUUUUUUUUGUUCCAUUUUUCAGGGCUGAAGAAAAAAGGAUGAGGUUGUCUGUGAAUCAACUUGUAUGACAUUAACCCGGGGUGGUUAUUGCAAGGCAAAUGUGCCUAUAUGAAGUAUUUAUGUGUAUUGUAAGUGAAUAGGCUACACUAAUUUUUCCCUGUGCAGUUCAACAGCUUGGAUUCCACUGCCUACUUGUUGUCUCGCUUAUAUUCUACCAUGUUUUCUUUCUUUACGAGGGACAGUGGACUAACAUUAUGUCUCACAUGAUAAUUUGUGUCUGUCCCCAAAUAAUAGGGACUUUUGAUUUUGUUUUUUUGUAUCUUAAAUUUGCAUGUUCUUAAUCAUAAGGAUGUGUGUAUUUGUCUCCCAUAAUUAAAAGAUGCUGUUUAUGGAGCGUCUGCUUUUGA